UCGCACUUGUCAUUUCUGACAGUCGUCAAAAAUGAAUUUUCACACUAAUUCUUUGGCCAUUUUUGACCAAACUACUUGAUAAAAAUGCAAAAUUCAAAAGGGAGAGGUCGUGGCAGUGUUUUGCCUAAAAGUCAGACACAGGAUACAACGGCAUUGACUGCCGUUGCAUUUCAAGACCACCUCAUCCGCAGCCUCGCUUUGACAGAUGCGCUCCGACCAGCCUACAAGAUCGGUCGGAACAUACCAACAAACAGACGACAGAAAAACCUGAAAGAUGUCAAGUCUGUUCUGGAUACAGGACGAAAGCCUGUCAGACAGAAAUGUUCCAGUGACCAAGCAGAAAAGGAAUAUGUGUUGGAUCCUAAACCUCCACAACCAACUUUAGCUCAAAAGCUUGGUCUUGUUGAUGCACCGAAGCAACUGUUGACAGAAGACGAGUGGCGAGAAGUAAAGGCAACAUCCAAUCAACGAGAAGACUCACAUGAGCCGUGUGUCAUCUGUAAGGAAGACUACGGUCAUGAGGACCAGGUGCUGCUCUCAUGUUCUCAUGUCUUUCACAAGAAUUGUCUGAAGGCAUUUGAAAGGUUCUCUGGCAAGAAAACAUGCCCCAUGUGUCGGAAAGAACAGUACCAAACACGAGUGAUCCAUGAGGGUGCCAAGGUUCAUCGGCAGAAAUGUGCAACUAUGAUCCAGGCCUACUGGCGCGGCCACGUCGUGAGAUCCUGGUACAAGAAGCUGCGGGCAGCUCACCCACCAAAAGAUCCACUGCUUAGGAGGAAGUUCUAUGAAGAAAAGCUCCAGUCAAUCACUGACAGAAUGGUUAAGUCUCUUGACUACAAUAUCAAUGAGUUCUUCUCCGAGAUUGAUCGUAAUGUCCAGGCAAGUCGCGACGUCUUCAAGCAGUUUGAGUUGGCAUCCAUGGUUAUGUCUGACGAAGAUUGGGAUGAAAUACAAAUCAAGGCAGUACAACGGGAAAAUGUUGAAUGUCCUAUCUGUCUGACGUCCCUGACAAAGCAAGGAUUCGUCCGAAACAAUUCGGAAUGUGGAGAGCGGAAUUCCAACCCAAACAAAAAGACACCAAAAGGACUGAAUAAGAAAAGUAAAACUGAAAUUCAGACACCGGGCCCGGGGAGUAAAGAUACGGUACUUUUAUCUUGUACGCAUGUUUUCCAUAAAACUUGUAUCGAGGCUUUUGAGGAGCUUGCGAUUGGAGAGCGUAGCAAUUCAUGUCCGGUGUGCCGGUCUAUCUACAAGAAACGUGUUAUUACGCUGUGAGAGUUUUAUUUGUCAUUGGCCAUUGGACAAUGCCUUAGAUUGUUAGUUGAACUCAAGUGUUAUUUAAUGCAAUAUUCCAUUGGAGAAACUUGUGUCAUUGCCCAUCGAGACAGAUGCUGGAUGUGCAGUGAAUGCCUUUGCAUUAUACCACUUCCGCCAGACACUAUCUUGUCUUGUGGUUGUGGUGGCAAUGAUAUUUUGAAGAUGUUUUGCACUUUGUAUUAUUCCGUCCAAAGCUUGUGCUGCGACUUCCACCAAGAUUUUAUCAUUUACCACUGUUUUUGCUAGAUAUUAUUUAUACCUUAUGGAAUAGUGAUGCAGACGAGAUCUGAUUUUUGUGAAAAUAAAAACAAUCUGCGGACAUUC